CGUUUUUUGUUUUUAUCAUCGUUCGCAUAAGUUUUUUUUUUUUAAUUCGCAUCAUAACAAGUAAAUUUAUUUGAUCAUGUCUACGGUAGAGGGUGAAAAAAAGUUUACAGUGGACACAUCUUACACCAAUUUCUAUACAGGUGGUGAUGUUGCUUGGAGUAAUGAUGGACAAUAUAUUUAUUGCAUGAAUGGAAACGCAGUAAAUUUAGUUGAAAUUGUAACGGGUUUGGUUAAACGGAUGUACGGUCUGAAUGCAAAUAUAAAUACUGAAGGCGAUAAAGCGUUUAGUGAAGAAGAUGAAGACGUUAUCUACAGCUUUGCUUUGGCUCCCAGAAGCGAUUAUUUAUUAACUGCACAUCGCAGCAGUUUGCUAAGAUUGUGGCAUUUGGAAGAUGGGAAAGUGAAAAAAUUAUGGAAAAGUCAACACAAAGGACCAAUUGUUAAGGUUGCAUUUAAUCCCGAUUGUCGUUUGGUGUGCAGCAGUGGCGGUGAUUCGAGCUUACGUAUAUGGGAUUAUGAAAAUAGUCGAUGCUUGGCUGCUUUUAAAGAUUUUUCGGGUCCUUCAUAUUUGGUUCAUUUCCAUCCAAAUGCCUUUAAAACGGAGAUUUUUGCUGCCGGCUCUGAUAAUAGCAUUUAUUGCUGGAAUUUUCACACAAAGGAGUUGAUCUGUAAAAUGUCUGGCCAUAUAUCACAAGUGACUGGCUUUUGUUUUGCGAAUCGGGACUCCGAUUGUGAGUUUAUGGCUAGUGUAGGACGGGAUAAAGUAUUGAUAAUUUGGCGAUUAAAUGGAACUCAGGAGAAGGUAAUACCAAUAUAUGAUGAAUUGGAAGGAGCAUUUUAUGCUAAUGAGCGUGAGGUUAUUGUAGCCGGAACCAAGGGUGAUAUAAAGCUGGUUAAGUUGAAAUCUGGUAAAAUUUCAUUACUCAACGAAAGUCGAGGAGAAUAUGAAAUUAAACAUCUACUCCGUAACGAUGUCACGCAACAAUUAGCUGCAGUAACUGUUGAUCACAACAUACUGAUAUUUGAACGGUAUGCGGAAAAUCAAAGUUUAAAUUGCAUUAAACAACUGAUUGGCUUCAACGAUGAAAUACUUGAUAUCACUUUUCUGGGCGAAAGUGAACGCUUUCUAGCCAUGGCUACGAACAGUAAGCACAUUAAACUUUACGAUUGCGAGAAGGGAAUGAAUUGUAAAAUCAUUCCUGGCCAUACGGAUACAGUGAUGUGUUUGUCUACACCAGGCUUAAGUAAUAUGUUGCUUUCAGCUGGUAAGGACUUUGCUAUAAUAUUGUGGCAAUUGAAUAUUGAGGAGUGUACUUUGCAUUGCAUGGCGAAGAACGUAAGCAGUCAUACAGCUGCCAUAGGAUGCAUAAGUUUUGCUUACGAGUGUUCGAAGACGUUCGCGUCUGUCUGUCAAAGUGGUAUCUUAAAAGUGUGGAAUCUUAAAGAGAUAGAGCAAAAGGGCGGAGAAUUUCAAUUCAAUAUUAAACACGCUGCUAUAGCCCAUGAUAAGGAAGUUAAUUGUGUAACAUAUUCGCCAAAUAACAAAAUCAUAGCGACCGCUUCGCAAGAUAAAUUGGCUAAAUUAUGGUCAGCAGAGACUUUCACGAGUUUAGGUAUAUUGCGUGGUCACUCGAGAGGUGUAUGGUGUGUACGUUUCUCACCGGUAGAUCAAAUAGCUGUGACCAGUUCAAGCGAUUGCAGUUUACGUAUUUGGUCAUUAGCAAAUUUAAGCUGUUUGAAGCGUCUGGAGCACACGAGUACCGUUUUAAAAGCGGAAUUCUUACAUCAUGGCAGACAUAUCAUCUCGACCAGCUCAGAUGGCCUCCUAAAAUUAUGGAGCAUCAAAACAAGCACAUGCAUACAAACAAUGGAAGGACAUGAUGAUCGCGUAUGGUCAUUGGCCAUGCCUAGCAGCAGUAAAAUGCAUUUUUUUAGUGCAGCAGCGGAUUCGAAAUUAAUCAAAUGGCGUGACAUAACUGAGGAAGUGAAAAAUACAGAGAUUGACAACCGACAGCAGCAAUUAUUGCAAGAGCAAUCCCUACAAAACCUCUUAAAUGAAAGUAAAAAUACGAAAAAAGCUUUCAUCUUGGCACUGAAAUUGGGCAAACCCAAAGUAUCCUAUAAAAUUAUCAACGAAUACAUAAGGAAAAGGGAUUACUCUGGUAUGGAGGAAAUAGUUUCUGCACUUGAUACCGAUCAACGACGCGCAUUAUUGGAUCAUGCAAAAAUGUGGAUAACAAAUUCCCGAUACUCUCAAGCGUCAAAUCUGAUAUUGAAAUACCUUCUCGCUGAGAUGUUAGUUGACCCCGGAUUACAACGUUCCCUUAAUUCCGCCAAUUUAGUCGAAGUAUUAACGCCCUAUACUCAAAGACAUUUUAAACGUCUCACAGCACUGAAAACAGAUUUGAAUUACUUGGACUUUCUUGUUCAGAACAUAUAAAGCUUAUAAGACAAUUAUCAAAAGAUGAACCCAACUUUUUUUUAUUUCAACCACUUUAUAACCUAAACGGGUCAAUUCUACUGUGUUCAAC